CGCAGCCCGGCUGAAGCGGUGCGCAGCCCGGCCUCGCUGCUCCUUGGGGAAGUCAGCGCGAAGAGGGGCCGGGAGAGCUGGAGGGAGCUGCCAAAGAAAGUGAAAGAUGAAGCCUCUUGUUCUCUUGGUUCUUGUGAUCUGUACUGUAGUCAGCAUGAAUUUGAAGCUCGUGUCGAAGAGAAAUUCUGUUGAUGGUUGCAUUGACUGGUCAGUGGAUCUCAAGACAUACAUGGCUUUGGCAGGUGAACCAGUCCGAGUGAAAUGUGCCCUUUUCUACAGCUAUAUCAGAACUAAUUAUAGCAUGGCCCAAAGCACAGGUCUUAGGCUUAUGUGGUACAAAAACAAAGGAGACUUAGAAGAACCCAUUAUAUUUUCUGAAGUUAGAAUGAGCAAGGAUGAAGAUUCAAUAUGGUUUCACUCGGUUGACUUGCAAGACAGUGGUUUCUACACAUGUGUUCUAAGAAACUCAACGUAUUGCAUGAAAGUGUCCAUGUCCUUGACGGUAGCUGAGAAUGAAUCUGGGCUUUGCUACAACAGCAAGAUCAGAUAUCUGGAAAAAUCAGAAGUUACCAAGAGAAAGACAAUCUCCUGUCCUGAUAUCGAGGAUUACAAAACAGACAGUCAAGAGCCAGAUGUUGUAUGGUACAAGGAAUGCAAGCCAAAAAUGUGGAGAAGCAUUGUAAUUCAGAAGGGAAAUACACUUUUAAUACAAGAGGUCCAGGAGGAAGAUGGAGGAAAUUAUACCUGUGAACUGAAGUUUGAAGGCAAGCUUAUACGAAGAACGGUUGAAUUGAAGGUUACCGCUUUACUCACAGACAAGCCUCCAAAGCCAUUGUUCCCCAUGGAGAAUCAGCCAACUGUUAUAGAUGUCCAGCUGGGACUUCUCUUUGUUUGACUGUGAUACUUGUCAGCAUUUCCAUGGAGAAGAAAUAAGCUCUGGUUUGCAGGAAGAAUUACCAAUGCUACAUGUUAAAACUUCUAAAUGUCCCAGAAAUCACGUUGAUGUUUUAAAAAUGGCGAUAAUGAUCAGCGAGGUGGGGAAUUUCUCCUUUUCUCUAAGAAAGUUUGUGCACGAGGUCACUUCUUCUAUUUGGAGAUGAAUGGCCUGUGAAAGGUAGUGAAUUGAGGAUGAGGUAACAGCAGGAGAAUAAGAAAAUGAGAGAUGUUAGGAGAUAAAACAUGAACCAGGGUGUGAGCUGGAGAGAAGGAAGGCAAAAGCCACUGUGGGGAAGAAUGGCAGAGUGGUAGGAAGAGAGAAAUAAUCGUCAUUCAUCACUGGGAAGAAAGACAAAAUGAGAAGAUUGAUGAAUGAGAGAGAGUUUUUUCGUUUGUUUAAGAAUUUAAAAAUGUCUUUCCAUACCAUCCAGCCUCUGGAGAGCUGUCCUAACAGAAAAAGAGGUAAAUAGGAUACUUCACUUUGCUUGGCUGUUACUAAGAUGUCUGUUUGUUUAAUACAGUUUGACUAAUGUCCAGCAGCUAUGUUCAAACCCUGGCAUCCGUGCUGCCCACUCCCUGAAACCUUCCAGAAUUACUUUGAAAAUCACAGCACAUCCUGAUGCCUUUUCUAUUAAAUACCUGUUGGCAGUAUGCAUGACUGUUUAAAAGAAUUCAUACUGGAUGCAUGUAGAAGGAUGAGCCCAGACACAUGUGUUUAUCUUAUCUUCAGGACUGCCCAGAGCUGUGCCACAAACAGGGCAGUGAGAGUUUGUGUGCUGGGUUC